AUGUCUUCCUUCAAACGUCGCAAGCUAGACAAUGACGGAGACGCCGAAGACGAUGGCCAUUUCGCCAUAAGACCCUCAAAACACAACUCCUCCCACCAACGAGAUGGACCGCGCCAGGGACAGUCGCAAAGCGCAAAGCCGCGCCAGCAAGAGUUCGAUGGCCCCGAGCCCGGUGUCGAUGCCCAGGACCAAACUGCUUUGGACCGCGACUGGUACUUAGGCGACGAAGGCGGUGCCACCCUCGGCGACGAUUCACACAACCCAUUCGGGGAUGACGCCACUUGGGAGGACCAGCAGCGUGAGGCCGCUCUCCUGGAGAAGAAGAUGGCUGUACGUGCUCGCGGAAACCCACGCGCAAUGCAGAGGCAGCGCGAGAACGACGCCUGGGAGACCAAUCGCAUGCUCACAUCUGGUGUCGCACAACGAAGAGAGCUGGACACUGGCUUCGAGGACGAUGAAGAUGGCACCAGAGUCCACUUGCUGGUCCACGACCUGAAACCGCCAUUCCUUGAUGGCAAGACUGUCUUCACCAAGCAACUGGAACCAGUCUCGGCUGUCAGAGAUCCGCAAAGCGAUAUGGCCGUAUUCAGUCGCAAGGGCAGUAAAGUCGUGAGCGAAAGACGUCAGCAAAAAGAACGAGCAAAGGCUGCUCAGGAAGCCACAAAGGUUGCCGGUACCGCCUUGGGCAAUGUAAUGGGCGUUAAAGAGGAGGAUACCGAUAGUGCUGCCCCAGAGCCUGCUGGCCAGGGAGAAAAAGGAGGCAGCAAGUUUGCAGAACACAUGAAGAAGCAGAGCGAGGGCCAAAGUGCCUUCAGCAGGAGCAAAACGCUUAAGGAGCAGCGCGAGUACCUGCCCGCAUUUGCUGUUCGAGAGGAGCUGCUUCGUGUCAUUCGUGACAACCAAGUCAUUAUCGUUGUUGGUCAGACUGGCUCAGGAAAGACCACCCAAUUGACGCAGUUCCUAUACGAGGAUGGCUACGCGAAACAUGGUCUGAUUGGUUGUACUCAACCGCGUCGUGUCGCCGCCAUGAGUGUCGCCAAACGUGUUGCCGAAGAGAUGGAGGUCAAAUUGGGCGGGUUGGUCGGUUACGCUAUCCGUUUCGAGGACUGUACAAGCAAGGAAACUUCUAUCAAAUACAUGACAGAUGGUGUCUUGUUGCGCGAGUCUCUCGUAGAAGCUGACCUCGACAAAUAUUCAUGCAUCAUCAUGGACGAGGCACACGAGAGAGCAUUGAAUACCGACGUUCUGAUGGGCCUGAUCAAGAAGGUGCUUGCCCGUAGACGGGACCUCAAGCUGAUCGUUACAUCUGCCACCAUGAACGCUGACCGCUUCUCGCGAUUCUAUGGCGGCGCCCCUGAAUUCUUCAUCCCUGGACGUACAUUCCCGGUCGACAUCCAGUACUCAAGAAGCCCUUGCGAGGAUUACGUGGAUAGUGCUGUGAGGCAGGUCCUCGCCAUCCACGUUUCUCAGGGUCCGGGAGACAUUCUUCGUCUAAAACAGCUCAAUGAUCCGCCAAAGCUAUCCAUCCUUCCCAUCUACAGUCAAAUGCCUGCCGAUCUGCAAGCAAAAAUCUUCGAUCGCGCUGCUCCUGGCGUCCGUAAAGUCAUUGUUGCCACCAACAUCGCUGAGACGUCACUGACUGUCGAUGGCAUCAUGUAUGUUGUCGACUCUGGUUUCAGUAAGCUCAAGGUAUACAACCCUCGUAUGGGUAUGGACACGCUACAAAUCACACCCAUCUCACAAGCAAACGCAUCGCAAAGAGCAGGACGUGCUGGAAGAACAGGUCCAGGAAAAGCUUUCCACCUGUACACCGAGCGCGCUUUCCGCGACGAAUUCUACAUCCAAACCAUUCCUGAGAUCCAGCGUACCAAUUUGGCGAAUACCGUUCUCCUCUUGAAAUCGCUUGGUGUUAGGAAUCUAUUGGAUUUCGACUUCAUGGAUCCUCCUCCGCAAGAAACAAUUUCGACUUCACUAUUCGACCUCUGGGCGCUGGGUGCUCUGGACAACCUGGGUGAUCUCACAGAGCUCGGCCGACAGAUGACCUCCUUCCCAAUGGAUCCCUCGAUGGCAAAGCUUGUCAUAACCUCGUGCGAAUACGGCUGUAGCGAGGAGAUCUUGACGAUUGUGUCAAUGCUUUCGGUACCCUCUGUGUUCUACCGACCAAAGGAGCGUAUGGAGGAGGCCGAUGCCGCACGUGAAAAGUUCUUUGAUUCGUCCUCCGACCACCUGACGCUGUUACAUGUAUACCAACAAUGGUCUGCCAAUGGAAGACGCGAUGGAUGGUGUGUAACGCAUUUCCUGCACCCUAAGGCUCUGCGCAGAGCAGAGGAGAUUCGCAACCAGAUCCGCGAUAUCAUGGUCAGCAACAAGAUGCAGCUGGUGAGCUGCGGCUAUGACAUGGAGAUUGUACGACUCUGUAUUUGCUCGGGCUACUACCAUCAAGCCGCCAAGCGCAAGGGUUUGGGCGAGUAUCUUAACUUGCGCACCUCUGUGUCGAUGCAACUACAUCCUACAUCUGCGCUAUACAAUUCUGGCGACCCACCGGACUAUGUUAUUUACCAUGAACUCAUCCUUACAUCUAAGGAGAGCGGUCUUCUACUCUGUCAAGCAAAAGGCUAUAACACCAAGCUCAAGCGUACCACUGAGCAGGAGUUCAACAAGAAGGUCGAGAUUGAACAGCAGAUGGCCGUGGAUAGACAAAAAGCAGCGGCCAGGGCCAAAGAAGAGGAAGAGAAGAAGGUACGGAAACCCACCGUCAAAAAGGUCAGCGCUGUCGGCGCGGUCAGAAAGCCCAUCGUACCUAAGCGAAGAGGCUUCUAA